AUGAGGCUGAAAGGAAGGCCGGUUGCGUUGGGGUCCAAAACUUGGAGCAAAAGGAGGCCACUAUUGAUUAGGCCAUUGGGGCUGUUGGGAGGCAUUCCACGAGUUGCUCCAGGAAGGGGAGAAGUUGCGCCAACCACCACGGUGGGAAUUAAAGGAAGUGUGGCCGGCGAUGUGGGGAGAAGAUUGGGUGGCGAUUAG